AAAUUUUUAGUCAAGCCACACAUCCUACCAUCUAAGGACGUGCAACAGCGUCAACGUUCUUAGAGACCGAGGUAACAUUCCUCCUCACGCAGUGUCCCUCGUGCUGCGCGGCUCCACCCUGCGCCUGAUUAUUGUCAAAUCGAUCAAAAGGCGUUUAAAAGCGACUUAACAUGGCCGCCGUUCUCUCCAAUGCUGCCGUCGUGGCCACACCAGCAUGCACCGCAGCACCGCGAGCCGACGCCCGCCAGACCGCCUCCACUGCCGCCGUCGCUGGCGUGAGACACGCGUCGGCUGGCGCCGCUUCGGCGUGGAAGCAGGGGGGUGCGUCGCUGCAGCUACGAAGCAAAUGCCACGUGGCACCGGCGACGAGGCGGGCGGCAUUCAGAGUGUACGCAGCGGAAGGGAACCCCGCGACCGCCGUGGCGGAGGACGUGAGCUUCUCGUGGAGCGGGCCGGGCGCGGAGGUGCUUCUAACGGGCGACUUCCUCAACUGGGAGGUCAAGAUCCCGCUGGUCAAGCUGCCCAACGGCACCUUCUCCGCGCGCCAGAAGCUCCCCCCCGGGCGCUACGCCUACAAGUUCAUAGUGGACGGCGUGUGGCAGCACUCCCCCGACGACGCCACCAUUUCUGACGGCGCUGGCGGCUUCAACAAUUCGCUCGUCAUCGAAGAGCCAAAGAAGCCCAAGGCAGCAGAGCCCGAGCCAGAGGCACCCGCCCCUGCUGCCCCUGCUGCUGCUGCUGCUCCUACGCCCAAGGCGGCGGGCGCGCCGGCAGGAAAGAAGGUGGUUGGGAAAGCAGUGGGCAAGGCGGUUGGGAAGAAGGUGGUUGCCAAGGCCAUCGGGCUGGCCAUGAGUGAAGACGUGAUCCCGGCGCUGCUGGCUGGGCUGGGGAAGGAGGACGGCGUGAAGAACGUGGAGAUCAACUUCACCGACAAUGUGCUGUGCGGCAGCUUCAUCAAGAACGACAUCCCCAUCAACUUCUGGGCCUACUUCCCUGACGGCACUCUCGAUGGUUCCCGUGGCUUCUCCCUCACGUCCUAUGGCAACCCCCCCAGCACCGUGGAGCCCUUCAUCAUCGAUGAGCGCAGAGUCACCCCGGAGCUCCUCGUCUUCUGGAUCACCAAGCGCCUCUUUGCGCAGAAGCUGCUCGCGCUUAACUAAGUAACGCGCAGAACACGACCGCCGUUGGUUGAGAGGAAACAUAAAAUGGUUUAGUUUUUCUUUUCUUUUCUUAGUACAAACAAGCCAGUGCCUUGUUGAUGUACCAAUCGUAUAAUUCUUUCCCUAUUUAGAUCAUACAAAUUCGUUCAAAUUGUGGCGUUUGCCCAUUUAUUAUGCAUGGCCUUAGUACGAUAGCA